GACAGAACCAACAACAACAACCACGGAACCAACAACAACAACAACGACAGAACCAACAACAACAACCACGGAACCAACAACAAAAACCAUGCAACCAGCAACGACAACGGAACCAGCAACAUCAACCAUGGAGCCAACAACAACCACUGUCGCGACUACUACAGCCAGUGACAAUGCAAUCAAAGUGUGCAAACUGGAACCGAAAGACUGCAAGACCAUGUCCCUCAACUUGACGGGCUGCUUCUGCUACUGCCCCCACAAGUCCCACCCUACUAACACCGGGAUGUUCAUCAUGUCCGUGGGCCCCGUGGAGUACGCAAUGUACUGCCCCUACGGACUGGUGUGGAAUCAGGAGAAGUGCAUGUGUGACAACCCCCCAACCAAGGCCUCGGCAGUGGACGCUAUCAAGGCACUGCCUGCCUUCACCAGUGGUUGCAAGACACUCGUCAACUAUGUUUACAACGCUACAAGCAACGCCUAUGAAGACGGCAGAAACUUCGUCCGCCAAGAAAACAACAUCAACAAAAUACAAGUCGUGCAAUCAGAGGGUGCAACGGUAAACAACAACGCUGCUGACUUCGUCUACAACUCCAUCGACAUCCCCUACCUCAACGGCAACGAUCUAACAGACACGGCUUUUAUCGAAGUCCGCAUUAAGCCGGUCGCUGACCGCGACAACGUCACAAGAGUGAUCUUGUCCAACGGCUGCGACAUCAACUCCACCGGCGAGACGUCGGUGAUCAUGUCGUUCAACGCCGAGGAGGGCAACUUUUAUGUCGCUGUCAGGACCGACUACUUGUCCAAUGGUGUUUGUGAAAACAUGGAAUCGGAUGUCAACGGCUGGUACAAGCUGACACUGUCUGUGAAAGAUUCCGACACUAGAUUCCUCGUCAAUGAUCGGGAGUGUCUGACCUUCAAGGGUAGAGGAAACAUUGCCAAGACAACUUGUAACUUGUCAAUCGGAGGUGACCCCUUUAUGUCCGACUACAGCCAAGACUUCAAUGGCUACAUCGACUACGUGAAGGUCAUCAAGCACUGUUCCACGGAACCGCCAAAGUAAACACGCACCACCCGAUCACAUGCGGAUCAUUUAAUAAGAAAACCAUCACACUGAAGCAUUGAUAUAAACUCCAAUCAAAGCAAAUAAACGGACCCAACGAAGUUACAUUGCCAGAUGUUGCUCAUUCAAAAUCACUCAACACUUCAGACAACGAGAAGAAACUGCAAAUUUAUAUUUAGAUUGCCCUCGCCUAGCAUAAUGCUUUGCAUAAUACAUCUACCGUAAUGAUAUAAAUGUAACACGUGAAUCAGAGUGUGUCCUAAUUAUUGUCCUAAUUUAAGUAUUGUUCAAUUAAUUCAAUGGAAAACAAACCUUCGUGUUUAUAGUUCAUUUUGGGUAAACCAUGUUGUCCCUUGUCGUGUAGUUUGAAGCUUAGGGCAGGCCCCGGCAUAGGUUUGUGUUGCUGUAGUUAAGAUAUUGUUGUUUUUAAGUUGGUAUUGAACAUAAUUAGGACGAAUCCCGAUGUGCUCUGGAUUCGGAGCGUCCUUUUGAAGGCGUAUACGAGUUGGAUCCCUGUGUUGUAUACCGUGCUGUUGUUGUCAUGUGUCCUUAUGUAUGUUGUCACAGAUGAUGUUGAAUGUUGUCGAGGAAUUUGUUGGAUGUUCGUCUAUUUUUAAAUUAUUUUCUCAUUUGCAAUUUGUAUGUGAUAAUGUACAUAAAUGGAAAUACAUUUGCUUUCUACA